AUGAAUCACGAUACCUUUUCAUCCUUAAAAUUCCGCCGGACAUCAAGCAAACUCCAUAAGGAUCCUCCUGGUUACGCCUCGCGACCCCCCAACAGCCAGCAGAGCACCACGUCAUUAAAACGGCACCCCUCCGCGCCUGUAUAUCCCCGCUCUUCUACCGCUGGCAGCCGGGAACAUCUACGAACUAGGUCAAACGCCUACGGUUCCUCGUCUUCCUCACUCGACCAGAACAGCGCAGGAGCAUCUCCGGUCCUUGCGAGCAGCGAAACGGGAUAUUAUCACAACAGCCAGAACCCCACCAGACAACGCCCUCCCUACUUUGGACGGCUUUCUUUAAACGACCAGAGCUCAGAUGAAUUAAUUGGCGCCCCGUUUGAUUCACGGGGUAUGUUAAGUGCCUUGGAGGAAAAUACUGCCGAGUCCGAUAGGAGUUAUAACGAGAAGUCCGUCGAAAAACCUCCGACUUUCCGGUCGCAAACCGCCCCGAAUUCACGAGCUCUGAGACAAUCAGCUAGCUUCACCACUCUCCAUCAUCCCCGCAUGGAGGCGUUUCCGAGUACCACCAGCAAUGACCGCCCGACGAAUACAAAGCGUUUCUCCGAUGAGGGCAAUACAACAAAGCCAGCCGGGACCGGCAGGAGUAAGAAGAGUAGCUUUUCUAGCUUUGUCAAUAGCAUGCUAGGCUCUCCUCGUGGUAUCAAAAUCUCCGCUCCCGAAAACCCGGUUCACGUCACCCAUGUUGGCUACGACAACCAGACAGGCCAGUUUACCGGCCUACCCAAAGAAUGGCAGCGGUUAUUGCAGGAAAGCGGUAUCACCCAGAAGGAGCAGGAAGAGCACCCACAAACAAUGGUUGAUAUCAUGAGAUUCUAUGAGAAGAACGCACGAGGCGACGAUGAAGUUUGGCACAAAUUUGACCACGCCUAUCCCCAGCACCAGAACACCUCUAGUCCAGUAUCCCAGCCAGCGGGGUCUCCGGCAUAUGGCGCUCAACGAACAUCCCCGCCCAACAGCCCUCGAUUCCCGCAAAACCACGAGGGCAGUUUUGAGAACCCACGAGCUCCGCCUCCAAUUCCCAGAAGCGCCGCUCAGGCGAUGUCUCCACCUUUAGGAACGCUUGUACCUAACCGAGCACCCCCGAAGCCGCCAACUCCCGCCAAUCUGGUUCCUAGUCGGCCUGCACCGCAACCUCCUACUACGAAUGCCUACCCCGCAAUUGUUACCAAGCCAGUUCUAGAAACUCAGAGCCCCCAGUUUAGCACACCUCCAAUCCCUGAGACGGAGCCCUUGCCAUCAGAGCCCCAGCGCAGCCGAUCCAACUCCAAGACAAACGGUUCCCAGCCAACAUGGGGCGCGGUCAGUCCAAAUCAAUACCAGCAGCAACAAGAACACGCAAUGGCUGUGGCUCAACAAGCUCUUGCCAACAAACAGCUUGAACGGAGUCGCAGCCAACGCCAGCAGCAGCAGUCUUCCCCUCGAAUGGAGCAGAAGCCGGUCGCGCAGCCGGUCCCUCCACCACAUGCCCCUUCGACUGAAGAUGCUGCCCUGGUGCAAGCUUCCCGCGCGGCACCCGCAGCCCGCCCCCGCCAGCGGGCCCGACAGAGUAAUGCCAUGGAUGUUAGAGCGCGACUGCUUGCUAUUUGUACACCUGGAGACCCUACGAAGCUUUACUACAACCUCAACAAAAUUGGCCAAGGUGCAUCUGGUGGCGUUUUCACCGCCUAUGAAACCAACACGAACAACUGUGUUGCUAUCAAACAAAUGAACCUGGAUCUCCAGCCCAAGAAGGAUCUAAUCAUCAACGAGAUUCUAGUCAUGAAAGAUAGCAAGCAUAAGAACAUCGUGAAUUUCCGGGACAGCUACCUUCACAAUCAGGAUCUGUGGGUGGUCAUGGAGUACAUGGAGGGUGGAAGUCUGACUGAUGUUGUUACUUUCAACAUCAUGAGCGAGGGCCAAAUUGCGGCCGUUUGCAGAGAGACACUCAACGGCUUGCAGCAUCUUCACUCAAAAGGUGUGAUCCAUCGUGACAUCAAGUCGGAUAACAUUCUUCUCUCAUUGGAUGGAAACAUCAAGCUGACCGAUUUUGGUUUCUGUGCGCAAAUCAACGACUCGCAAAACAAGCGAAACACCAUGGUCGGUACACCAUAUUGGAUGGCCCCUGAGGUCGUGACAAGGAAAGAGUAUGGCCGCAAGGUGGACAUCUGGAGUUUGGGCAUCAUGGCCAUUGAGAUGAUCGAGGGAGAGCCUCCGUACCUCACUGAAUCGCCGCUACGAGCGUUGUAUCUGAUUGCCACGAACGGCACGCCCAAGAUCAAAGACGAACAUAAUCUAUCACCGGUAUUCAGAGACUUCCUUCAGUUUGCGCUCCGGGUGGAUCCCGAGAAACGAGCGUCCGCCCAUGACCUUUUGAAGCAUCCCUUUAUGAACGUUUGCGCGCCUCUCAAUCAUCUUUCGCCCCUCGUCAAGGCUGCACGAAUCAGCAGAGCACAGGAGAAAGCCCAGAAGGGCGGUGUCUAA